GUUGAUAGUUGAUACGACUUACGAGAGUUAAACCAUAUUUAUCUCCAAUUUUUCAAAAGUGAUUUAUUUAUUAGUGUCACGACUCACAGUAUCUGAUAUUUGGCUAAGAAGAGUGAGUGAGUGAGUGAGUGAGUGGGAGAGAUGGUGCUAUCUCAGAAACUUCACGAAGCCUUCAAAGGCACCGUAGAGAGAAUCACAGCUCCCCGCACCGUCUCUGCCCUGAAGGAAAAAGGCGUUCUCAGCAUCACCGAAUUCAUCGUCGCCGGCGAUAAUCUCGUCUCCAAAUGCCCCACCUGGUCUUGGGAAUCAGGCGAGCAAAGCAAGAUGAAGUCAUAUUUACCUCCGGAAAAGCAGUUCCUCAUCACUAGAAAUGUUCCUUGUCUACGAAGGGUUGCAUCUUUAGAAGAAGAAUAUGAAGUUGGAGGUGAAGUGCUAAUUGAUAAUGAAGAUAAUGAUGGUUGGCUGGCAACUCAUGGUAACCCAAAAGAAAAUAAUUGUGAUGAGGAUGAUAACUUGCCUUCCAUGGAGACCCUUGAAAUCAGCAAUAAGAAUCCUAUUCAGUCAAUUCCUUCAUACUUUGGGGGUGAGGAGGAAGAAGAUAUUCCAGACAUGGCCGAAUACGAUGAACCUGACAACCUUAUUGAAAUGGACCCUGCAACACUUCGGUCUACAUAUCUUGUGGCUCAAGAACCUGAUGAUGAUAAUAUUCUUCGAACCCGAACAUAUGACAUCAGCAUCACGUAUGAUAAAUAUUAUCAAACACCUCGAGUAUGGCUUACCGGAUAUGAUGAGUCAAGGAUGCUUUUGCAACCAGAACUUGUACUUGAAGAUGUUAGUCAAGACCAUGCACACAAAACGGUAACCAUUGAAGACCAUCACCACUUGCCUGGAAAGCAUGCAUCUGUUCAUCCAUGUCGACAUGGAGCCGUGAUGAAGAAGAUUAUUGAUGUUCUAAUGUCACAUGGGGUUGAACCAGAAGUUGACAAGUACCUCUUCUUAUUCCUGAAGUUUGUGGCAUCUGUAAUUCCAACAAUCGAAUAUGAUUACACCCUAGACUUUGAUCUUGGUAGAUCAAGCAAUUGAUGAGAGAUUGAAGCCACAGGUUUAAUGUAUAAUGCAAGCAGAAAUCAGUCAACUGUCUCUGUUUAUUAGUAAUUUAUGCUAGACUGACCACAGUUGUGGAAUCUGUUCUGUAAUUAUUGUUGUACAGUUUUCUUUAUAUUAAAGGGAGACAAUCGCUUAUUGAAGCUGUCUAUAGUUGGCAUGCCCUACUCAAUAAGCCAGGGUUGAAGUUGAGUUGCUCAUUAUUGGCAUAACAAAGCUGUUUUAUUUAAUAAAUAGAACUCAAAAGAGUUCAGACGUGAA